GACCAGCCUGCAGUAACUGGCCCUCAGGCCGUAGUUCUUUGUCCUUAGGAAGAGGCCGUUUCUUUCCGGGAGAGAGGGAUUAGAGGGAUUGUCCGGCGUGGGUCUAGGGUCGUUGAGGCCUGAAGUUAACCCUUUCAGGGGAGGACGGAUUGGGGGCUGUGUCACUUUAAGAAAAAGAUUUGAAAAUUCGAAAGGCAGAAUUCCAGGGAAUCUCCCGGGCCUGGUUCUGAAGCUUGAGACCCCGGAUAUGUACGCUCCAGGGGGCUGCGGUGGGCUCUUCGGGUUCCCGAGCCCGGUGUUUAGGAACACUCGGGAACGUCCAAACACCCCCUCCUUUCCCGCCAGGCGGGCUCCUUUGUCUUCUGGGCUUUCGUCGCGAGAUAGAACGCUGGUUGAUGACAUUUUGAGUUUAAUAUGUUUGCUGCUGCUACCAGGAGCUUUGUCAAGCAAGUUGGAGAUGGAGGGAGAUUAGUUCCUGUUCCAAGCCUCAGUGAAGCUGACAAAUAUCAACCUCUAAGUCUGGUGGUAAAAAAGAAGCGAUGCUUUCUGUUUCCUAGAUAUAAAUUUACUUCAACACCUUUUACACUGAAAGAUAUUCUCCUAGGAGACAGAGAAAUUUCAGCUGGUAUUUCAUCUUAUCAAUUACUGAAUUAUGAAGAUGAAUCCGAUGUUUCACUCUAUGGAAGGCGAGGUAACCAUAUUGUGAAUGACGUUGGGAUUAAUGUUGCUGGAUCAGAUUCCAUUGCAGUGAAAGCUUCGUUUGGUGUAGUGACCAAACAUGAAGUGGAAGUAUCAACACUACUCAAAGAAAUUACUACGCGAAAAAUUAACUUUGACCACAGCUUGAUACGUCAGUCAAGGAGCAGCAGAAAGGCAGUAUUGUGUGUGGUCAUGGAGAGCAUCCGAACCACACGACAGUGCUCACUGUCUGUGCAUGCUGGAAUUCGAGGGGAAGCAAUGCGGUUUCACUUUAUGGAUGAACAGAAUCCCAAGGGAAGGGACAAAGCUAUUGUUUUCCCAGCACAUACAACCAUAGCUUUCAGUGUUUUUGAACUCUUCAUAUACCUGGAUGGUGCCUUUGACCUUUGUGUCACUUCAGUGUCAAAAGGAGGAUUUGAAAGGGAAGAAACAGCAACAUUUGCACUGCUGUACAGGUUGAGAAAUAUCCUAUUUGAAAGAAAUAGAAGAGUGAUGGAUGUAAUUUCUCGUUCACAGCUUUACUUGGAUGAUCUUUUUUCUGACUACUAUGACAAACCUCUCAGCAUGACUGAUAUUUCACUCAAAGAAGGGACCCAUAUUCGAGUUAACUUACUUAAUCACAACAUUCCCAAAGGGCCGUGCAUACUCUGUGGAAUGGGGAACUUCAAAAGGGAGACGGUUUAUGGGUGCUUUCAGUGUUCUGUUGAUGGUCAGAAGUAUGUGAGACUUCAUGCAGUUCCUUGUUUUGAUAUUUGGCACAAGAGGAUGAAAUAAAAUGAAAAAUGAAUAUACCAUGUUGGUGUUGUAGGUGCAGUUGUGCCACAAACCUUCCCUAAAUUAUCUAGGUUUGCUUUGAUGAGUUAAAUUAAAAUGAGAAAAACAGAAAGAAAUUAACCUGUCUGGGUAUCAUAUUCCCUCUCUAUAAAGUAGUGAUGAUGACAGUAGUGUCUAUUGCUUAAGUUGUCAUGAAAAUUAAUAACAUUGUUUAUAUCAAAAAAAUUAACAUAUUCAGAAUAGAGAUGUUCUUUCAUAAUCUUGCCAGUCACUUUAGAAUCAUUUUUGGGAUGUAGUCUAUCAUUUUAGAUAACUUUAUUUUUUGUUUUUUAAGACAGAGCCUUGCUCUGUUGCCCAUGCUGGAGUACAGUGGCACGAUCUUGGCUCACUGCAACCUUUGCCUCCUGGGUUCAAGCAAUUCUCUGCCUCAGCCUCCUGAGUAGCUGGGAUUACUGGCGCCUGCCACCACCCCUGGCUAAUUUUUUGUAUUUUUAGUAGAGACGGGGUUUUACCAUCUUGGCCAGGCUGGUCUUGAACUCCUGACCUUGUGAUCCACUUGCCUCGGUCUCCCAAAGUGCUGGGAUUACAGGUGUGAGCCACCGCACCUGGCCUAGAUAACUUUUUAUAUAAUUAAGAGAUUUUUGUAAAUACCAAUUUUGUUUUCAAUCAACUUUCAAUUCAACAUGUAAGGAUGACAAGACUGCACAAGUAGCAACUUUAUGGUGUUUCAACUAUUGCCUUUGGUCUGGUAAAAUGAGAAAAAUGUGUUAAUAAUUUAAUGCAAUCCUAAAUGUUUAAUUGCAGUAUCAAAUUAAAAGCGCACUGAACUCAA